AUGUCGGGACGAGAGCGCGAUGCGCUGCUCGGGAACGACGCCGAACGCGCGCGGAGGAAGACGGCGAUCGAAGGCGUGGAGCGGUCGAGCGCGAACGCGGAUCGGUUGGAGCAAACGGCGCGGACAGCGAUGGAGAGCGCGCAGACUGGAGAAAACAUUAUGAGCAAGCUGCACGAUCAGCGGGAGAAGAUUUUGAGCGCGCGCGCGAGCGCGGGGCACAUGGAGCGGGAUAUGGAUAAGAGUGAAAAGCGCAUGACGCAGCUCGGAUGCGAAAAGUGCAUGCAGCGGUGGGCGUUUUGUGUUUUAGUGUUGCUCGUGUUGACGGGAUUGAGUUUUCUGUUGUGGUAUAAACUCAAGCAUCGGGACGAAGAUAAGGCGCGUCGAGAGGCCGAGGAGGACGAGGCGUUGGCGAUGUUGGCGUCGAAAGUGACGUCCACGGUGAACGAUUCGUUGGCGCACAUGGGACGGGUCCCGCGGCGACUGUUGGGGACGAGAUAG